AUGCGUACGACUGACUUCUUCUUGCUGGUGGCCAUCAGCCGCGUUGUAUGCUGCGCGGGGCUCGCUGAUGCAUCCAGCGGGGUCAAAAUUCCUGAAGCAAGUGUUCAACAGGGGCAUUUUCAUCCUAACAACCAACCAACUCGCUACCUUCGAGGGAACGAGAACUCGAUUUGGAAUGAAGACGACGCAGCAAACACAGCAGAUGAAGAGAGAGCUAUCACCAACAUCGAUUCAGCCUUUACGAAGUCGGCGAGUUUCAAUAAGCUAAAGUAUUUCACGAAGGGAGAAGCUGAGUUGAACAAGGUCAAGACUCUGCUGAAGAAGACGCCGAGUCUAGGCAAGAUGAGGGCCAUGUCGCUGAAGGAGGCUGAGAUGAACAAGGUGAAGAAUAUUGUCGCGAAGAACCCGGAGCUGCGAAGGGCCAAGUCUCUCGUCACGAACCCCCAAAAGCUCACGAAAGAUGAACUCAAAUUGGUUGAAAAGUUCGCCAAGGAGCACCCAAAGGAAGGCUCGAGCAUCAUGCAGUGGAUUUUCUUGUUUUCAGGGCUGGCGGUCGUACUGGGUGUCGGAGGCGUUGUAAUUGGCGGCACGCCCAACUCUGGCAAAAAGUAA